UGUUAUCGGUUAUCCGCCACAAAACUGAAACGAUAGCUUAUCAACUUCACAGCGACAUGAAAAACAUUAAAAUAAAAGUAGAUUUUUGUUGAAUUAUUGAAAGUUUUGAGUGUGAGCACAAUAAAAUUGUAAAAUAUUUAUUUCGAUUUCAACAAACUAUUAAGACUUACUAUUAUUGUCGUUGGAAUAUAUACACCCCCACCUCCGCCACGGCCUCGGUCAAAGAGCAGUGUAAAUAAUUUUGUAUUAUUACGAAACUUGGGUGUACAAAUGCAAUUGCUUUUAAAGUAUAGCUAAAGUAUAGAUCCCACUCUGGCUGCACAUCAAUCAGAAUGGCCAUGCAUUCAUAUAUGCGGGCCAACCCGAACCAAACCCAAACAAACAGUGUCAAUGUGAAUUUAAGUCCCGAAGAGGUGAACAACUUCCUAAAGGACAAACAGGCAUGGGAACACGCAAUAUCGCUUUACCAGGGACCUGAUCCGCUAGAUCACUGGUACAAUUACAUAUGUUGGUAUGAAAACCAUGCUCAUAGCGACCCAGACCGCAAGUUUCGCGAAACGCUUGAACGCUGCCUUACAGUUUACGAGCACGACGACUAUUACAGGCAGGACGUUAGGCUGGUGCGCCUGUGGCUUAAAUACAUUGCCAUGCAGACUGAUCAGUUGCGCUUCUAUCAGGUGCUCUUCCAGCGAGGCACUGGACGCCAGGUAGCUGCAUUUUAUAUAGGCUGGGCCAGCUACUACGAGGCGCACGAACAGUUUAAGGACGCCGAAGCAGUAUUUAAUCUUGCUUUUCAAGAAAAAGCCCAUAGCAACGCUGAGCUCCAAAGUGCCCAUGCCAAGUUCACAUAUGGCCGGUCAAUGUUUUUCCAACAACAGCAGCAACAGCAACAAGUGCAGCAACUUCAGCAGCAGCAGCAACAGCAACACCAGCCGCCACCUCCUCAUGAUGCAUUGCAGCAGUUAACAGCAUACACACAAACUCAUCACCAGCAACAAGAGCAUCAGCAUCAACAUCAGCAGCAGCAACAGCAAGUCUAUCCUCAUCCUGCGGCGGCCACAGCAUUAAGGCCCCAUCAUUUACAUCAGGAUAACUUUCAUCAAUAUCAGCAGCAUCCACAGGAGCUAGCUUAUCUCCCUCAUAUACACGGGCAACAACAACAGCAGCAAGCGCCACCAACUCACUACCAGCAACAAGAACAGCCGCCUCCUUCGGUACCAGCGCGCUUCGAACAGCAGUUCCACCAGCCCGCACCUGCAACUGCACCCAAUCAAUUGGUGGGACAUCCGCACUAUUCACCUAUAUUGCACCAAAAUCGACCUGCCACAAAUGCAUGCUAUGGACCGCAAGUGCAGGAACAGAUUGAACAGGUUGCAGUGCCUGCAACUUCCAACGAAGGCUAUCCGCAGCAACAGGAGCAAGUUGAAGGGACCUUAACGGAAGUGGGUGGAGUGCGUUUACCGCGUAAUUUUCAUGCUUAUGGACGAAACAAUCACGAGACCUGGAAGCCAGCACUGACUUUAGAGGAGCCAGACGAUCCUUCACGCGUCUGUCACUAUGCCAAACAGUUGGUUUAUCCGGCAGGAGCGGGCAUCGAAUAUAGUCCAGAAGAACUGCUGGCACGCAAAUAUACCGAGCUGCUGGAGCAGCGGAAACAAGUAGCACAGGCGCAAGCGCCGCUACAGCCACUAAAUGUUAAAGUACAAGAGCCUGCAGAACAUGACCAGCAGCUGAAAAAAGAGCCUACUUACCAGGCUGGACAGCACCAGCAGCAACUAUACAAUUCCUAUCAGACAGAGACAUCAUACUAUAUGACAGAAGUAGAUGGCGAGCUGUACGCGCAAAACAAUGACGUGCCAGAAGAGGGAAAUUCUGAUGGCGAUGGUGAGGAGGAAGGUGAGGAGCCUGAGCAAUCAGAUGAAGAGUCGGAUGGGGAGGGUUCCGAGCGACAAGACAAUGGUUCAGAGCCCGUAAAGCAGGAGUACAGCAAUGGCGUCGAUGGAGGCAUGCAUUUUAGUGCAAAGACGACUUAUGAGCAACAGAAUCGCUCCAUAAGAAUCAAGUUUAAGAAGGAACGCACGUUAGAGAGUAGCACAUACAGCGCUUAUACAAUCGAGAGCAUUUACCAUCAGCAGCAAGAGUUGCCUUCGCCGGCGCCAGAACCUGCGGCAGUGCCGGCGCCGGCGACCGCGCCAAUACACAAGCAUAUCGCUUCACCCAAAAUUGUCCAAGACUGGAGUGGAGCUAAUGCAAUGCCGCGUCAGCGAAACGGUAGCCAUCAUUUCCAUCCUUAUAUGCUGGGACAGACCUCGACGCCGAAAAGUACAGCGAAUGAGAGUCGGCGUGCGCGUGCCAAGGCGAAACUGGGCAAGUUUCAACGUGAACUGUGUAGCAACAGCAAUUCGUCCUGCUCAGUACCGGACCAGGUGGCGAACGGUGUCGACGCAGGCCCCAUCCAUGCGGACUCUGAAGCUGCUGCAGCGCCCAUACACAACGCUACCUUUAAUGACAAUGCCAAUUUCUCGUUCUCCAGUGCCGGUGGUCAUGACAAUUCCAAUAAUUCGCUUGCGUUAGCCGUGGAUGGCCUACACGUGCGCGAUGCCUCACAAUUGGCUUCCGUUGGCAACAAUAAAUCGCAACAUGCUAACAAUAACAACAAUUUGACGACACAAAACGCAACGAAUACCGCGGACUUUUCCACUUUUCAGGAGAAUUCUUAUUUUGCUACGCAACACGACUCGGAAGCACAGGAGCGUCGCCUGUCCAAGGCAUUGGAGACAAUUGAACGUCACCUGGAAAAAGCAUCCAUCGAUCCGUUUAACAGCGAACUCUGUCGCGCCUUCUUGACUAAACUGAAUUUUCCCGGAGACAACGAUGAACAUGCCAGCUACAAAGUGGUGCAAACGCUACUGCCAAAAAUAUCCAACACGCGUACCCUCAACGUUCUCGAUAGCGUGCAGUUCAACAUAGACAAGGAGGUGGGUCGUGGGUCUUAUGGAGCCGUCUACAAGGCAACAGACACUCGCACCGGCAACGUUGUGGCUCUCAAAUAUCAGAAGCCGCCAAAUACUUGGGAGAUCUACAUAUGUGAUCAGGUGCUGCGACGCAUACGGGAUCCCCAAGUACUGCCAGGACUAAUGGACAUAUCAACGGCGAUUAUAGCGCCGAAUGCCAGUCUGAUUGCCACUGAGUUCUCUCCUUUUGGCUCGCUGCUGGACAUCAAUAACAAGAUACGUCAAGCCACAAGAAAGGUGAUGCACGAGUCCCUCGUCAUGCACUUCUCAGCACAGAUAUGCAACAUUGUGGAUCAUUUGCAUAAACAGCGCAUCAUACAUGCGGACAUUAAGCCGGAUAAUUUUCUGCUGAUGCGUGUCCCAAGUGUCGACAGCGGUGAGCCUUCGCUGCGACUGAUUGAUUUUGGUUGCGCCAUCGAUCUGUCGCUCUUCCCGGGCGGAGAGCACACUAAAUUCAGCAAAGUGGUGCAAACGGAUGGCUUUACGUGCAUCGAAAUGCAGGAGGGACGCUCAUGGUCAUACGAGACGGAUCUGUUCUGCAUUGCCAGCACAGUGCACGUGAUGCUCUUUGGCGAGUAUAUGCAACCGGAAAAGCGCGCUGCCGGCUGGGAGAUACGUCAAAAGGUGCCGCGAUAUUUAAAGAAGCACGUGUGGUCGAAGUUCUUCUGUGACCUUCUAAAUAUGCAAGCCGAUAAGCUCCCCCAGCUGCAGCAGAUGCGCAAUAUCUUUGAUGAUGAAUGCUGCCGCAUGGACUCUGAACUACAGAAACAGAUACGCACACUCUCUAACAUUCUGCAUCGCCGAUAACCAAUGAGCUUUUUCCUCAUCAACAUUACAAUCAUUAGAAUCGUUACGUUCGGGCUAAUUUCGAUUUUGUUUUUUGGAUAUUCUGAUAAAUUUAAACCUUAUUUUCUGUACGCCCACAAGGACAAAUAUGUGAACUCAGUUAAGAGAAGAUGUGACUAGUACGUUUCUAUUUCAAGUAAGAUCUUUAGCAUUGCCAACAAGAUACUAGAUAGACUCUAACUAACUAAAACGAAUUUCUUUAACAACAUAUAUGAGAAAGACACGCUCUAAUCCAUCUGAGCUGAGCAUUCGAUAUUCUUUAUAAAGGAAGCGUAGAUUUCAUUUAAACCUAUAAAACAAAGAGAAAAAAGAAAUGAAAAAGCUGAGCAUACUAUUAUCAUUAUUUUUAUAUCUCCAAGAAUCGGACGAAAUUGUAUUCGGGCAAACAAAACUAUAC